AUGCACUUUUCCAAGCUGAUCCUGGCCUCGGCCCUUGGGGCCUACGCUCGACCGUCUAACCGCGUCAAAACGGUCGAGGCUCGCGACGGUGUCUUUAACCUAAACGAUCAGGCAGCUGAAUGUGUGCCUGCCUUGAAAGACGCCAUCCGUUCAAAUGAUUCCCAAAAGACCCUCUUGACAGACAACGGCAAGAACAAAGCAGCUGGAGCAGAGAGGAAGGAGGAGGACUGCGCGAAAAUUAUCAGCAAAUGGGCAUCGCAACAUGGCCUUCAAUGCGAGUACAAGAACGGGGAUGCGACUUGUUCGCUGUCGACGGAUGGCGACACUAAAACCAAACACCAGUUCGACGACUUGAGACUAAUGUUCCAACUUGCCGACGGUAAUAUGGCCGAGGUUGACUUCGAUAUUGGGCAUACGUUCAAUGGCAUGAAAACGGUACCAUUCGAAUAUCUUACCGAUUUCUCCAUGAAAUACGAGCCCGAUCCCAAUGCUCAGUUGGAGCUUUUCGACGUGCUUGAAAUUGCCUUUGUUGCACGCCAUACUUCGUCCGGCAUUGAACUGCACAAUACCGAGUAUCACCCUGUAAAAUCGCUCAUAGGCGACAAGGGUGGCGAUAAAAACAAUAUUCAGAAGCGUGCGAAGGGCGCCAAGGGUGCCAAGGGUGCCAAGGGUGCCAAGGACGAUGAGGGUACUCAGGAUGCGGCAUUUGAGAAACUGCCCAUCAUGAAAGGCGAAUUCGGGAUCGGGAACUGGCGUGCCCAAUUUGGAAAGCAAGCGUCAUCAUCGCAACAGCAGCCGCAGCCGCAGCCGCAGGAUCAGGAUCAGGAUCAGCAACAGGACACAACGAAGAAGGCAACCCAAGCAGGAAAGAAGGUGAAGUUGACGGAUUGCGUCUUCUACGGUGAUUACCUGUGGCCGGCGGAGGUCAAGAAGCAGGGUGGGUUCCUAUCACCCGCCGACCGUCUGGCUCAGUCCGCGAAUCAGCAGUCAACUACUCCGAUGUCGGCCUAUUCUCUUCAAACAUACCUCGACGAGCAAAAGUCUCCAGAUCAAACGUCCUACUUUCUACGAACCCACAAAACCUUUGGCGCGGCGGCCAAGGAUGCGGCAGCUCAGGCGGCGAAAUUGGGCGGCAAAGCAAAUCCGGUGGUAUACGUCGUUCAUGCUUCACCAAACAUGAUCGACACGGGGCUGGGAGCGGCCGCCGCCGGAGGUAUCGUCUGGUCCCAGGUCGUCGCCUGGGCCCAAGUGCCUCGCGACUAUGCUCCGCCGACAGAGUUGCCGACGUCGAAGAAGGAAAUGCAGACACACUUCAAGAAGGCUUUUCAAACCCAAAAGUUCAACAUUUUCCAGAACAACACCGAUUUCGACGCGAGCUUCAAUAAAUAUACCGUCACGCAAGGCCAAACGCAGCUCCUGAAGCAAUCGAGCGUCGAGUACGCAUUUCUGAACUUCAUGAAGCAAUACGGCUCCGCCGUGGGCUACAAGGGGAGAAUGCCUCUGUUUUCGACCAGCGAACUGAUCGACCAUAAAGAUUCGGCGGCGGCGAAGAGGAAGGGUGCCGUAGAGGCGCCGCACGAUGAAGGCUUCUUCUCCAUGAUUGGACACUUCAUCGAGAAUCAUCCGGUAGCCGUCGCGCUCUUGCCCGCCAUCGCAGUGGUCAGCCUGAUCCCCGUCCUUGGCGAGGCAGUCGACUUUGCCGCAGUGGCUGCUUUGGUCGGCGAUGCGGUUGUGAAUACGGUCGCAGACGCAGGAAUCGCGACGGGAGCCGUGGAAGUCUACGGCGCAGGCGCAGCCGCCACCGAAUUGGAGUUGGUUCCGUUGGUGUCCGGGGGGGGUCAAGCAGUUGUGUCGGCAGCCGAAGCAGGAACAGCGGCGGCCGAGGGGGCUGAAGCAGAGACGGUGGCCGGAGAGACGGUGCCUUUGCUCAGGGGACAUUGA